CGCAUCAAGAUAGAGAUUAUUAUAUAGACGGACGGAUCGUUUUUGCCGACGUCGGCAGACCGUGACCACUAUAUGAUACGUACGCGCCUAGGUUUCAUACGCCGCUGUACAUUAUUAUAGGGUACGAUGUCUAUUACUCGUUGGAUCUUACGUUAUUGCGCAGUCUUACCUGCCUGAUGUGUAGACGAUAUGAAUUGUCUCACGUACGUGUAAUACUACGCAAACAACGAAAACGGACGGAACUGCGCGACGGUGACCAUGACUUGCGCUGUCAAACUACGACGGGUUUUUGCAGCGUCCUGUUGGCGUUCGAGCAAACCGCGGUCCGUUACAGCUCGUCGGUGUAAAAAUCAUCCAGAUAUUUUUUGUUAUGUUUGUGGAUCAUUUGCAAUUAAAACACAACGGCGUAAAAUUAUAAAUGAUCUUCGGAAUAUUUACAAGUUAUAUUUUGAUUGUCCCCUUGGUGACCAAGAUAAAGCAUGGGUACCACAAACUAUAUGUAGUGCUUGUUCUAACGGAUUGCGUGAUUGGUUGAACAAAAGAAAAUCGUCUAUGCCAUUUGCAAUACCAAUGGUAUGGAGAGAACAAAAAAAUCAUUACAACGAUUGCUACUUUUGUAAUGUAAACGUGCGGUAAGUGAUGGACAAGGCGAAAGAUGGACAAGACAUCCAGUUAAUGGAAACACGUUACCAGGGUUUUUGGAAUGAAAGUAUGUUAGCGGACUACUGCUGGAUGCUACAUCGUGACGUACCUGAUAAAAAAUAUAACAGAAAAUCAUUUUCACAACAUUUUUAAAUAUUUAAAUUUGUAAAUUAUUUGCCUUUUUAAUUUAAUUAUUUUAUUUUAAAUAUUUGUUUGAAUUAAUUUAUUCCAUAAUUUGUUCAUGCAAUUUCAAUCAUUGA